UAAACGAAAAUGUAUUUAGGUUAACUUGGAAAUCACUUAAGCUGAUUAUAUCUAAUGCCAAUUUAUGCAUUUUAAAAAGUUAUCCAAAAUCUGAUUCCCAGAUCGAUUAUUCCCGAAUGAGACGCUAUGUGAACUCACAUUUCUGUAUAUUUGGGCGUGUAUAAUCAGUGCAUCUUAAUUAAGUAAGAUGACAUUGGUUCUGGGUGUUCCACCAGGCGAUACCCGGGCUUAAAUUAUGCCUUAGAAACUAGAACCUAGUCUUAUAUUGUGAAUAAAAUAUAGAUAGUGAAAGCCUUAUAUUCGCUUUUGUACCCAUUUGGCACAGGGUAUAUAAAUAUAUGGGAUAACUUAACUUAUCUACCGGGUAUUCGAAUCCUUAAACUUGACAGCGAAGAACUUAGAUUACAAAGUGGAGGACGAAAUAGCAGAUCCCAUCUUAAUGGAUUCAGAAAGCCGAGACUAUAUACAAAAUGUGUCAAGCUGGCAACUCUUUUAAAGAAUUUGCAAAUUGGAUUCAUAGAAAAUUAGCUAAGAAAAAGUCAAAAAAAACUAAAUUGAGUUAAUCAAAGCUUAACUUAAAAGCGUAUCAAAUGCAUGGCGCAGCGUAACAUUGCUGCUGUCAACGGCUUCUGCAGCAAUAGGCUCACAAUGAGCUGAAGUGCCAAUGGAACGACGUAUUUGGUUGGCUAAUGCGCACAAGAUCCGUUUGGUGCUCCAUGUGGCGGCCAGUGUGAAUCUUGGCUAUGCGCUGUACUACGACUACAUGUAUGUGGAGCUACCGGCGCUGGCCGUGGAGCUGCGGCUGGAACCACCCAUGGGUGGAAAGUUCAAGUACCUGACCUUUCUAACAGGAUUGCUGCAAACCGGAUACUAUAUGCUAGCGCUGGGACAGGAUUUGUGCCAUCUGCGUACACUGCGACAAUUGCGGGACUAUCUGCUGGCCAGCUUUGUGGUGCCGCUGGCAUUGACGGUGAGCGUGACCUUCUGGACGCUGUGCGCCAUAAAUCGCGAAUCGAUCUAUCCGCCGUUCCUCGAUGAGGUCUAUCCCAAGUGGCUUAACCGGACCAUGCACUGCUAUGUGGUGAUCUAUGCGCUGCUGGAACUCUGCACUACAGCACAUCGUUAUCCGAAACGGGGCAAGGGAUACGCUGGACUGGCUGCAGUCAUGGGCUGCUAUCUGAUUUGGAUGCAUCUGGUGCAUUACUGGACCGGCAUCUGGAUCUAUCCCUUUCUGGACGCACUGUUCGGUCCGCUGCGCCUGUGCUUCUUUGCCCUGAUCGUGGGACUGUCCUUUGUCUACUACAGGCUCGGCGAGCACAUCAACUGUGUGCUCUGGGCCAAUGGGCGCUAAGGACUAGAAUUCGCCCAACGUAAUAAAGCAAUUUCCGCUUCUCCAAUUCACGUUGACUGCUCGGCAGAGUUGGGGGUUGGCUAGGUGUAAAAUUUGCAUAGAAAUGCGCUCGAGUCGCGCUGCUCGAGGGCCAACGGAAAUUGAAGGCAAUAAUAAUGACAAUUGACUUGUCAAAAUGUUGCGAGUACGAGUUAAAA